CACACACGCACACACAGCGGCUAUGACAGAGACGACACCCUGAUCCCCCUCACACUCAAGACAACUCAGCUGGAUGAAAUCUGUGUUGACAGGCGAUCUCCGUCUGGAAUAGAGGAAGUAGCGAAGAGAGAGUGAGAGGGGGAGAGAAAGAGAGAGAGAGAGAGAGGGAGGAAGAGAGUGUGAGAAAGGAGGAAGGGAUACAGAAAGAGAGAGUAUCCAUAGAAAUAAGGAGAGGGAAAGGGAAGGAGAGGCACAAGACAGAGAGAGAAAGAGAGAGAGAGGACUGAAGGGGGAGAGGCAGUGAGUAGGGAGAGAGAGAGACAUAGAGCAAGCAUAGAGAGAGAGAGCGGGAGAGAGAGAGCAUUGAAGGGGAGAGGCAGUGAGCAGGGAGAGAGAGACAUAGAGCAGGGAUAGAGAGAGAGAGAGAGCGCGCACGAGAGAGGGAGAGAGCUAAGCGCACACAGGAGCGGUCGGCGUCUCUAUUGUCAGUGCUUAGCAGGGGGGAGUGUGAUAAGGAGCUGGUCAGGACGAGCUCGACGCGGCUGCACUGGUCACUUCUGUAGAGUAGCUCUCCGGCUGAUAUCUGAACACCAUGGAGGAGGACAUGGACGAGGGGCAGACCCAGAAAGGGUGUGGCGAGUGCUGUCUGAAGUGCCUGCGUGGCAUCCCGUACCCGUCUCUGGUGGCGACCAUCCUGCUGUACGCUGGCGUGGCGCUGUUCUGCGGCUGUGGGCACGAGGCUCUGACGGGCACCGUCACCAUCCUGCAGAACUACUUUGAGGUGAUACGGGCACCAGGAGAUGGCGUGGACGUCUUCACCAUCAUUGACAUCAUUAAGUAUGUGAUCUACGGCAUUGCGUCAGCGUUCUUUGUGUACGGGAUCCUGCUGAUGGUGGAGGGCUUCUUCACCAGCGGAGCCAUCAAGGACCUCUACGGAGACUUCAAGAUCACCACCUGUGGACGCUGCGUCAGCGCAUGGUUCAUCCUGCUGACCUACAUCUUCAUGCUGGCCUGGCUGGGGGUCACGGCCUUCACCUCUCUGCCCGUCUUCGUCUACUUCAACAUCUGGACCAUCUGCCAAAACGCCACUCUGCUGGAGGGAGCCAGCCUGUGCCUCGACCCACGCCAGUUCGGAGUGGUGACCAUCGGGGAGGAGAGGACGGUGUGUGCGGGAUCUGACAAGUUUUACAGGAUGUGUGUCUCAACUGAGUUGGAUAUGACCUUCCACCUCUUCGUGUGUGCGCUGGCUGGGGCUGGAGCUGCAGUCAUCGCCAUGAUCCACUACCUGAUGGUGCUGUCGGCCAACUGGGCUUACGUGAAGGAUGCCUGCAAGAUGCAGAAGUACGAGGACAUCAAGUCCAAGGAGGAGCAGGAGCUCCACGACAUCCACUCCACGCGCUCCAAGGAGCGCCUCAACGCCUACACAUAAGGCAGGAGCACGCCCGGGAGAGGAAGUCCAGCGAUGUCACUUCCUGUCACAGGAGAGUGGUGACGCUGAGAUGAUCUCACUGGUGUGUCUCUCUACCACCCCAUGACAACCCAUUCUUUUCACACACAGACAGUAUUAUUAACAUUAUUAUGAUUACGAUUACGAUUAUGGUUACUAUGAUUGUUAUUAUUAUUAUUAUUAUUAUUUAGAAAAUGA